AUGAAGGCCACACUCGCCACACUCGCCACCGUCGCUCUCCUGGUCCUGGCUCUCGGCUGGACUUCUGAGGCCGUGCAGAUCGAGGAGAAUGGGCUGUCGUUCUCACUGGAGGCCGUCAAGAGGCUUCAGGAGCUGACGGUGACCCGGGCAUCACCAGGGCAGCUGAACCCUCGGUUCAGGGCGAGCACCAUGUCCCUCUGCGCCGACCCCAUGCUGCCACAGGAGUUCCUGCCGCUCUGCAAGCAGAGAGGAGCGUCAGCAUCUCUCGCCAGACUCGGCCUGGUUCCCCUGGACGUCUGUGAGAUCUGUGCUUUUGCCGCCUGCACCGGCUGCUAAACAACCGCAGCAAACCACCAACAUCUUGCCGAGCUUCAGACUUGUGAUUUUUUUCCUUCUCCUUUAAAGCUAUUUCAGGGAAUUUGUCAUUAUUUUGGCCCCCAAUGAUAAAACGUUAUUUUUCCUCAAUACUGAGGUUGUGACCCCGGCCCACAUCGUAACUUUAUAAAUUUAAAAGUUGUGUUUUAUUUUGUAUGUUUUGCUUUUGCAAACUGUUACUUAGUAGCAUAGUUACUAUUUUAUUUUUC